AUGGCUUCCAAUAAAGACUACUUCAUGCAAUUUGUUGUUGCUGCAGGUGGGGAGCGCCGCCGGCCUAAACGAGCAGCUGCAUCUGCGUAUGCCACUCGCUCUGCCGAUGUCUCUGCUCCCUCCCAGGAUGAAAUGGAACGGCGGUUCCAGGAAAUGAUUGAUACCACUCGCAAGAAUGGAGAAUGGGGAAGCUCCGAGCACCUCCAGGCAUUCUGUCAGGCCUUCAAGGUCGACUUGAAUGUUUAUACUAUGGAUGGUGUUUCAGUGUUCCAGGAUGUCAACGCCUACCUAAACCAACCUCGGGAUAUUUUGCAUGUAGCCUUCCAUGACUUCAAACACUACUCUUCGGUGCGGAGGAUGGAGGGACAGCAUGAAGGGCUUCUUACCAAAUUGAAGCCUUUCCAACCUAUCGAGGAGAAGAUGAAGACCGAUGGCACUUCAGAUUCCAAGUCCGCCAUCAAUCUUGAGCAAUUCACUUCACCGGAAAAAAAAGCUGAUAGUGGUUAUGCAACUACCAAUGCUGGCCUUGCCGUUGACCUUUACCCCCCUUGGGAUAUUAAAUCCAUCCAAGAGGGAUUAGGUGGCCGAUAUGACCGGGAGACUAUUGUGGACAUGCUCCAGAGAUGUCGUGGCGACAUUGACCGCGCCUUUGCCGCGCUUUUAGAUGAGAAUACCGACGUCCCAUUUGAUAAGAAAGCUGCUCCUGGAAUUUCAAUCAAAUCAAGCUUGCAGGCCUCGCGGUCUUCUUCUCCAUUCAGCACGGGUAGCAAGCGAUCCGCGGAGGAUAGCGACGAUUCGGAAGAUCCUCGUCCCGCAAGACGCACCCGACCUAAAAAACGCCUCGUCUCCAACCUCACCUUGGGCGUUGGUAUCUCAUUCAGGGAUGAGCACGACGAAGUUGUCUCCUUGAAUCUUCGAAUGAACUCUGACACAAAAGAUGGUCAGGCCCCAGACCUCCCUCUCCCGGGUAACACUACCCCGGAACAAUCGGACCUGGACGGUCAAAAAUGUCGUCGCAGCAGACGACUUUCCCGCCCGCGCCCAAUCUGA